AUGAUAGCUACAGAUGGGGAUUUUGGAAUAACCACUUCGCUAUACGCAAUUUUCAGUAUGAUCAUUAGCGUUGCUUCAUCGGCAAACAACGGAUGUACAUCCAGGAUUCAUGUUGUCUCGUUUUCCGACAUUCCAUUUUCAACUAAGUUGUACUCUUUGAGAAGCUUGUUG